AUCGAACCCACGUAGUUGUCUAGACAUGGAGGAUUUCCAAGACAAACGAGUGCCUCAGGUGUCAGUCUGACUAAGGCCCAGACCGUUCCUGAUUCGUAAGCGGCAAAGCACGUCAUUAACUGCCGCCGCUUUAACCGCGGCUGCUCACCUCUUCUGUUUUCUUGUCUCCAACGAGUGCAACCACCAAACAGAUUGUCUCGCUCACUGCUUGUCCAAUUCAGCCAAUCGCUCAAUUGCAUCGAUAUCUCUUCCAAUUGCCAUUUCCCCCUGACAAAUCCACCCUCGCACCACCCAUGUCUCUAUUCGCCCCGAGUCUUAUUUCAAAAUCAUCCACCGUGGCCUCCCUUCGCCUCUCUACCCCUCUUGCUUCUAGCUUGAUAUCUCGCCCAUUCCAGCGUCAGGUUUUUGCUGCUUCUCGGUCUUUCUCUUCUUCUCGCACAAACAACUUUAGACCUACACCCGCCACCAUGGUUGUCCACGAGAUCAAGUCCGCCGCUCAGUUCAAGGAGAUUGUCGAUGCCAAAAAGACUUUUGUCCUCGACUGCUACGCCGAUUGGUGCGGUCCUUGCAAGGCCAUCGCCCCUAAGAUCUCUUCCUUGAGCGAAGAGCACGCCCAUGCCGAGUUCUACAAGGUUGACGUCGACAAUGUUUCCGAGCUCGCUGCUGAAUUGGGUGUCCGCGCCAUGCCCAGCUUCUUCUUCUACAAGGACGGCCAGAAGGUCCACGAUGUCGUCGGUGCCAACCCCAAGGGUGUCGAGGAAGCUGUCAAGGCUCUUGCAUAAAUUUGAGGGGGCUUGAAUACAGG